AUGGAGAAAAGUGUCUUGAAUGAGGAAAAAAGUACUUGUGAUGAGGCAUCUCAGGAGGUUUUGCGGGUCAGAACAGAACGGACUCUAGGUCAGAUACUCCUUCUGAGUAUUUUACUGUGUUUGACCCUCUGUGUUGCUGUAAUUUGUGUGAUUGUCCUAUUUCCGGGACAUAAAAUUGAAGUGAAGAAUGCCGAAAGUCCUUCUUAUUGUGAUUUGCUUGGAAAUCUUCAAAAAAGUGUAGAAGAUUUCCUAGUCACAUUCAAGAGUCACUGGAGAAAUGUGGAUAAUUCUCCACUGAUUGCUCAAGAGAGUGAAGCCCACGAGGCAUGUUUGGUACCAGAAAUCACAAUUGACGUAGGGAAAGGAAGCAAAAAUGUGGUGAAGAGAGAUGUGAAAGCAUUCUAUGAGAUGACUCGCCGCAGGGAAAAGGAUAAAGUCCACAAAAGACGUGCAGAUGCACGAUUUCGGACAAUCAGGGAUGAAUAUUUGCGAUGCAAAAAAGAAUCCAAGGGGGAUAAAUGUGAGAAGAUCUAUGAGAAAUUGCUGGACGUUGUACGCGACAUUGAUGAUAAGUACGUGACGAUGAAUAAAUGGAUACAGGAAGUGCGCGAGAAGAAAGUGGAGCAGGAGGAUGUGAAAAAUCUCGCCAAAAAUACCAAUAUUAAUGUCUACACGUAUGCUACGAAAAUUGAUGUAAAGAAUGUUGUGAAUCCCAAUCAUACAGAUGCCAAAAAUUCUACAUCAAUCGAAGCUGAUAUUUCAACGACUCCCGCUACUUCCGCUAUAGCGACCACACCGACCACACCUUUAAUUAGGGGUGCAACAAUUUUGGAGAAUAUCACAGAAACUUACUCAAGCACAACGUCUGAGGCGCCAAAAGUGGCAAUUGUUAAUGAGUAUCCCAGUACCGACGAAGAUGAAGUCAAAGAUCCAAUUGUGGAUCGCUUCAGUGGCUUCUCCGCCAAAGUGGAAGUGCCACGUGUGAAAUUUCAUGAGGAUUUGGGCGAUAGAAACCCUUUUGACCGAGAAUCCUUCAUGCGAAAAUUAAUUCCUGGUAUUUCACCCAUAAAAGCUCAAGCAGACAACGAGGAUAACUUCCGGCUGGCCCAAGAACAGGCCGAUGCUUGGCGGAAGUCCGUGCAGUUCGAUCAGGUUGCCAGUGGACCUUUUUUUUCCCUGUGUGAAGAUUAUAUGAAGCAGAAAACACCAUCUCCUGCCGUUAUUCCACUCAAACCAGAAUCUAAUCGACCCCAAACUCCAAUUGCUCCCACUUUCACCCAUUUCUGGCCACUUCAACCCUCCUCAAAUGCCUUCUCUCAAUCACACAAUGUUCCUGUCACCGGAGAGGCAUCCAAGGCUACGUCCCAAGUUGUCAUCAAUCCAGCAUCGAGUAUGGGCCUCCAGUCCUUCUGCUUCUUCCCGCAGACGUCGGCGGUACAGAAUCAACCAUCGGGUCAGUGGGGUGCGUCUCCAAUUAAUUAUGGUCAAUAUUACAACAUACAGCCACGCAUUUCUGCAGAAUCGGAUAAAAGAAGUGCUGACACGGUUGGAAAUGGAUUAGGUGUUGGUAGCAACCAAGUCGUUUAUUGUUCCUUUUUGCCGUCUAUGGCUCUUCCCUAUCCGGGUGUCUUUCUCAUGCCGAAGUCCUUACGGAGAUCACUCAAUGAUUCAGAGAGUAUUCCAGUGGAUCGAUUGUAUGCUAGCUUGCCAAGUGGCCUUGCAUCAUCAGCAAUUGCCGGUGGAAUUGAAAAUGAGGAGACAAUUUGUGAGCAUGAUGGCACAAUUUCUUGCCGCACUGGAAAACAGUGUAUCCCAGAAAAGAGUUGGUGUGACUGCAAGGUGGAUUGUCUGGAUGCUAGCGAUGAAUUGAUGUGCUCUUGUCGCAUGAGACUGAAUUUGAAUAGAAUCUGCGAUGGAUAUUUGGAUUGUCCCUUUGGCGAGGAUGAAAUGGGAUGUUUUGGCUGUGAACCCUUUUCUUUCUCUUGCUUCGAUACUCCAGGAGAUUUUCAGAGAUAUGGACAUGGAGAAUCUUUCCUCUGCUACACGGCAAAGGACAGAUGCGAUGGCGUUAACAACUGCCUUACGGGAAAGGAUGAGAGGGAUUGUGCAAUUCUGGCGAGAAAUCUUGAGAGUCAUUCUGAAUUCUUCUCAUCAAAUUCUAAAGGAGUUCUCUUCAAAAAUCACGAGGGAUCUUGGUAUCCAGUUUGUGGUGAAGCUUCUCAGUGGACCAAAGAAGUCUGUCCAGAAAGCAAGAUGAAGUCCAGUGAUUCUCCUUCCUUUCGAACAUCCUUCCUAAAUUUACGUCUCUCUGGGCCAUUUUUGCGUGAAGCUAAAUCUAUGGCAAUCACCGAUGGCUCCUUCACUUCCUCCUGCGCAGAAAAGGUUCUGGAAGUGGAGUGUGAGCCAAUGAAGUGCGGCAUAAAGUAUCAUGAUAAAUUGGCGGAUGAUAUUCCCGAAGGUGCUUCAAGUCGAGUUGUGGGUGGUUUGGGGUCAGGGCACUUCGCGUGGCCAUUUAUUGUGGCCAUCUACAAGAAUGGCGUGUUUGUGUGCGGUGGAACAAUUGUUAAUCCACAUUGGAUUAUAACUGCUGCUCACUGUGUUCAUCGCUUCGAGAGGCACUUCUUUGAGGUGAGAGCUGGAAUGCUGAGGAAACACAGCUACUCGCCAAUAACCCAGAUCACCAAGAUCUCACAUGUGAUAUCCCAUCAUGAGUACGACAAGAAUGCAAUGCACAACGAUAUUGCUCUUCUCCGGACGGAUAUUCCACUCCAGUUCAAUAAAUACGUACGACCAAUUUGUCUCCCUGACUUUGGAAGAACUUCAAAGGACAGUGAUUGGAUUUGGGCGCCUAAGCCUGGGACUCUGUGUACUGCUCUAGGUUGGGGAGCUGUAAGGGAGAAGGGUCCAGCUUCUGACCAACUUCAGGAGGUUCAGAUUCCGAUUUUACCAGAGUGCAAGGAAGAGCUAGACAACAUCGGAAGGAGUUUGUGUGCUGGGGAGAAAGCUGGAGGACGCGAUGCGUGCCAAGGCGACAGCGGAGGACCUCUGCUCUGUCAGAGUGCGACAGAUCCACAAGAAUGGUACUUGGCUGGAGUUAUCAGUCAUGGGGAAGGAUGCGCUCGACCUAAUGAGCCAGGAGUGUACACAAGAGUUGCCCUCUACCUCGAGUGGAUUCACGGGCAUAUAAACUCAGCCACUUUGCCAAAUCAGCAGCCCAGGCAAGUGUGCCCUGGUUUCAUUUGCAUCUGGGGUGGACUAAGAUGCAUUCCCAAGAGUUACCACUGUGAUCAGCAAAUUGAUUGUCUCGGUGGAGAAGAUGAAGUGAAUUGUGAAUAUAGUGAAGAAAUUGGAGCUUCUUGGAAUGAGACCAUGAUAGAAAUCAAUUCCAGUGAGAGUGAAGAAGAAGAGUUGGAUUACAAAAUUGAGUUUUUCACCUGUUUUACAAUCCUGCAAAAGAUUAACUUGAAGAACCGAUGCGACCACAUUGUGGAUUGUGAUGAUGGUACAGACGAGCUAAAUUGUACCUGCAAAGAUUAUCUGCAAUUGGAGCUUCGGGAUUUGAUUUGUGAUGGUCACGUUGAUUGUUCGGAUGGCACUGAUGAAGAUGAUUGUGAAUUGUGUUUUAGAAAUGAGUAUCGAUGCGGAAGAAGUGGGACGUGCAUACCAGCCACGAAGCGUUGUGAUGGUAUCAGUGAUUGUCCUGCAAAAGAGGAUGAACAACAAUGCUGGGCUCUAACCCAGCUGGAUAAAUUCGUCCUUGACCGGAAUCACAAUCCUACAUUCUCAUAUGAGGGUUUCAUCAUCAAAAAUGAACAAGAUUCAUGGAGUAUUGUUUGCGAGGGCGUUUCUAACAUAAAUGGCAUGAAUGCAAGUGAAAUGGCUGUUCAAGUUUGUACAUUGUUGGGAUUUUCAGGCUUGAGCUUUGUCAAUAGCACCAUCAUCGAUGCAAAGCUCAGGGUUGAGGUCGAGAAUGAUAUGGGCAUGAGAAGUUCUGACAUAUGCUUGGGCUUCUUUGUCAGAUGCUCACCACAGACCUCCUGGCUAUCCAGCCAAUCAACGGAUGGGACUUUGAGUGACAGGGAGAGAAUGCAAAGUGUUCAGCAUAAUCACGGCUAUCCCUGGCGAGCCGAUAUUUACGUCAAUGGCAAAAUGAGGGGUCUAGGGGUACUCAUAAACUCACGAUGGAUUGCGACAGAUGCAGAAACGAUGGCAAAUAUUUCAUUGACGAAUGAUUACGUAAUGGCAGUUCUGGGAAUUUCACCGAAAGUUGGAAAACUCUCAAUGGGACUCCAUGUGGAAAUUCUACGAAUAGACUGUUUAAGAAAGGAUUCAACCAGCAAUUUUGCACUACUUCAUGCUGAGAAAACUGUAGAGUUUGGUCAAAAUGUUUUGCCUGCUUCACUGAUUUCUCAAACAUCUUUCAACAAUUCAGCGAUGGAAAAUACCACUUCGCCAAUCGAUUGUAUUGUGGUUUAUCAUGAUUCUUUGGGAAAAUUGACGACAUCCAACCUUCUGCCAAAUACCAAUUGUUCAAAUUGUUCAACAAGAAACAAUGUAUCCGGGGCUGUCUUUUGUGGUCACUAUUCCUGGCAUUUUCGGGGAUUUGUGAAGUAUUCCUCAGAGAUUUCGAGCAAUCUUUCUGAGGAAACUCUUCCUGAUUCCUGUGACAAGUACCAUCCUGAGCUUCCGUGUAAGGGUCAUCGAUGUUCCAUUGGGAAAUGCCUGAAGCAUGAAAGUGUUUGCAAUGGUGAGGUGGAUUGUCCCGAUGGGAGUGACGAAUGGGCAGAAAAUUGUCCACCACGUGAAAAUACGUCGUGUCCGAUAACAGAGUUAAAAUGUGCAAAUGGGAAAUGUAUCCCGAAGCAGCUAUUCUGCAAUCAUGUGGAUGAUUGUGGUGAUUUGUCGGAUGAACCUGAUGAGUGCUCUUGUUUUGAGUAUUUCAGAUUGACAAAUCCUGAAAAAAUUUGCGAUGGUUUCACUAAUUGCUACGAUAAGAAUGAUGAGAAUAAUCAAUUUUGUGGUUGUCACAGGGAGAAAUUCUUCUGUGGCAGCAGUUCUAAUGCUUGUGUACCAAGGGAGAUGGUGUGCGAUGGAAUACGAGAUUGUCCUGACGGGGAGGAUGAGGAACAUUGCACGGGUAUUCGAUAUCCUCUGUACAACAGUGACGGUUUUGGGGAAAUUGUGGAGCAAUCUUUUGGUAUGUGGCACACAAAGUGCUUUCCAAGGAAGGAGAAUCUCAACAGGACAGCCAUUGGGAGCAUUUGUAUGCACGGAAAUGCCGAAAUUCGAGUCAUGGAUGAUAAUUUGCGGAAUGAAUUGGAUAAUACAACCAUCUCAACCCUCUUGGGAGCCCCCACGAAGGCUGUAGUCGCCAAUAAGUUCUCACCACUUCAAUUAAAUGAUGACUUUGUGGUUUUUAUUAAACCCAGUAAAUCCAUCGUGGAUGUGAGUGAGUGGAGCCAGGAGGAUUACAGAAAAUGUAUCAGGGUAGGAAUACGAUGCAAAUAGACUCUUUUUGUUAUCAAGA